UAAGAUGCAGAAGGAAAUUAUAUUAUUUCUAGAAUUAUAUUAUUACUACAACUACUAUUAUAUUAUUUCUUCAUCUCUUAAUAUACAUGACCAACCGAUUCUCGCUAAUCAUACCGGAAAUUACUCAUGGGUAACUUGUUACGAAAGAAAGAUAGAAAGAUAAAUUACAAAAUUUAAUAUGACUUACUUUACUAUUAUUAUAUAUCAACGUUUAAUAACAAUUUUACUAAUACAUUUAAAAUUUAAAUGUUUUUUAAACAUUAAAGGUCUAUUCAUCUCAUAUUUAAGAUCUCAUACUAAAAUUCUAUUUAAAUAAAACUUACUUAAAAUUUUAAUCAACAAAUGCAAUUUUCUAAAACUUAUUUCGUGGAAAUUUUCUCAUUGUUGUUAAUUCACUGUCAAUAAUUCCGCUAGGGAAAAAUGAAUUUCCAAUUUGUUAGAAUAUAUUAUUCACAGAGAAAGAGAUUGUUGAAAUCAACGUCAAUAAAUAACAUAAAAGAAUAACAUAACAAUUUGUGGUCUACACAAUGUAUACUAAAAGCAUCAUUUCAUGAUAUUAGCAGUAUUAACAUAAAAAAAUUAAAUUAAUAUCACAAGUUAUCGUGUAGUAUUCUCAGAUAAACUCUAUCAGUUUGACCGCAUUUUCCGCAAUUCUCAUUGUGGGUAUGCUGAUAUAAUUGUCAGAUUAUAAUGUGGCAAACGCGCCAAAUCUGCUUCGCAACUGCCGGAAUACAUUUACUAAACAGUUCUCACUAAUACAUUGCGUUACAUGCGUGUCAGUCACCAUAAAAAAGCGGCACGAAAAAGCUGUCUAUCUUAAUUGCGCACUCAACCAUGGAUCCAUCCGUCGGGCAAACGUGACAUCCGAAACAGUCGUCGCUUGCUUUUAUUACAACACGUUCGACUAGUGGUACUCCAGAAACUACUACAGAAACUCCUGCACUUCCUGAAACGCAAAGGAUCAACCGACCGGACGUCUCAGCGUCGUCGAGAAGUCACCGGAAACUUGAAAACUCUAUCUGGUCCCAAGUGCCCUGGGAAGGACUUGCGUAAAAGGCGAACGGGCGGACUGAGGAGAGAAGCGACAAAGCAAAUCGCCGCUUCAACAAAGCAAAACCCAGCUUCUGCUUGGAAGCACUGAAAGUAUGGUGAGAGUGUUUUCUUCUUUCAUUUAAAGAGUCGACUGAAGUCGAAUACGCUCGUGAUCGAAAAUUCAUUCUGAAAUGUUCAUCCUGCGCGAUUUUCACGUUUUAAUUAUAUUAUUCUAUAUUUAAUAAAAAGAAGCAAGUAUUGAUUUAGAAAUGUUAUUCGAUUUGAUGUUAUUUGAGACCAAUAAACCAACAAUCGGGAUUUUCGUAAAUCGUUCCAAGAUUUUUGCAAGUUUCGCGUUGCACAAAGCAUGAUUUAUGUGAAAUGUUACACCGUCUAUCUCAGGGAUCGGCAAAAGGCUGAAAUUGGGCACGGGCAGUGCCCACUUGCUGAUAAAAUUAACAUUUCUGCCUGUCUGAUUUCAGUGUGAGCAUAGCAGUGCGAGCCGGCAGUGAAAUUUUAUUAAUAGUGCGUACGCUGAAUAUGGGAGCGACCCUACUCGCUGUAAUACUCACGGCGGUAUUGUCCGCAUCUGCGAGUAACAUCAGCGAACAAUGCCAAGUUCACAAUGAAAGGAGGAUUACGUGUAGUUGCAUCGGAAACGAGGAGCUUUUUCUGCCAGAAAAUUACAAUUACACGCGUAUUACCAACGUAUCUGUCACAGGAUGCAUUAGAGCAAACUUCCAUUACAACAGUUUAUGGAAAGCGAGCAACAUCGAGGAGAUAAUCAUCCAAAAUAUCGAGGAUUACUUGGACUUCGAUGUCUCCAUUGAAUCGAACAAUAUGAAACUGCUCAAACUCUCGAACAUCGGCCGGAUACCGCUCAUCGCGAGUCACACAUUCACGAACCUGAAGACCAUCGACACGUUUACGAUCGAGAACGCGCUCAUCGAGAACUUCGAGGAGGACUUCAAUUUCGUCAACGUGUCGCACUUCAUUCUAACGAACGUUGUCAUCAAGCAUAUAAACAAGCUCAACUUCUCUGAGAAGAGCACGACGUUGCGUAUCGUGAACAGCAAGUUUCGCAACGUCACUUCGUUCCUGAACUUCGCCAACUUCCGAAACGUCGACAUCAUCGAUUCCAUGUUGGAGCUGUACACGCCAGGUGUGGUGUCCAUCCAAGGCGACACCACCGUGGUGAGAAACAGUUCCUUUUCAAACGUGAGCAUGAGCCUGGUCGCUGCGGAGUCCAUCACGAUAAGUGGCAUCUGUGCGGAUGGCAAGAGCACCCUGAGGGUCUUGUCCAAGUCCAUCAACAGUACCAACAAUAGAAUGCCGAACGAAAUCACGUACCGCAACGAUAAUCAACCGAAAGUUCUGAUAAAGAAGAACAACAUAGUUUGCAAAGCAGGUAAUUGCGAUUGUCCAAAGAGUAGCGGGCAGGCUCAAUCACGGACGAUCGUGUUAACGCUCAUUGUCGGAUGUCUAUUAACAGCGUCACUAUCGAGAAGCUUCUUUUACUUGUUUUAUGAUUAUAAUAUAUUAUAAAAUGUAAAACGCGCUGUGAAACUUGUCAAGUCCGAUUGGAUAGAAUCGACUUAAGAUCGCAAGAUAGUAAUAAAGAACGGAAGAGUAUCAUCGCACGAAAAAUUUAGGAAUAGAUCUAUGUUGAAAUAUAAGAUACACAUAGACGUAUUAGAAAAUUACAAAACUCUUUUAUUUCAUAGCAAAAAGUUCAAAAGAUAAGAUCUCUGUACAAAAUAUCAUAUUAUGUUCGUGAAAAAUAUAAAGAAUAUUCGAUUUAUAAUAAAUAAUAUUACAUUGCAACUUCGUUCAACACUAGUUAAAUACUACGAAACACAAAUACAUUUCAAGCGAUUGUGCGCAUUUUUCCCUCCAAAA